AAAUCCCGAAGUUGUUGUGAGUUCUUCCCCCUCCAAGAUGGAGGCCUUAGGGGGCUACCCUGCCAAGUCCUCCAACCCCAGCGCCAAGCGGUUGACGGUGCUGCUGAGCAUGACAGUCGGCGUGGGGUGUCUGUUCCUCCUGCAGACGCAGCUGGUGAAGCCGAGGAGAUCCAAGGAUUUCUACUCUUUCGAGGUCAAAGACGCGAAGGGGAGGUCGGUCUCCCUGGAGAAGUACCGGGGGAAAGCGUCUUUGGUUGUAAACGUGGCGAGUCACAGCGAGCAGACGGAGGCGAACUACAUGUCUCUGCAGGAGCUGCACCGGGAGCUGGGCACGUCUCACUUCAACGUGCUGGCCUUCCCCUGCGGCCAGUACGGGGACACCGAGACCGGGACCAGCCGGGACAGCGAGGCCUUCGCCAAGUCCACCUACGGCGUCACCUUCCCUUUCUUCAGCAAGAUCAAAAUAAUGGGCUCCGAGGCGGACCCUGCCUUCAAGUUCCUCACAGAUUCUGUGCAGAAAAUUCCAAAGUGGAAUUUCUGGAAGUUUCUGGUGAACGCUGAGGGGAAAGUCGUGCGCUUCUGGCGAACUGACGAGUCCGUGGAAAGCGUUCGACAAGAGGCCACGACGCUGGUGCGAGAGAUCAUCAUAAAGAAGCGCCUGGAGCUAUGAUGGGAGUUAAUCAAUAUGAUACUGGACACGCCGCCGUGUGAUGUCAGUGUUUCCAGCGGUGGACAGUGAACUGUAACAGCGAGCGUGGUUUGGGUUGACGUCUCACUCCAGGCACAUGAGACGAAAUCAUCCACUAGCUUUAUCCACGAAGGCAAAGUCGAAGUUUGUCAGAAUGUGUGUAUUUGUGUGUAGUUGGGACCAUCCUGUGGUUACUGAUGACAAUGGCCACUCCUUUUAAUGACCACUGCUGCGGCUGAAGGAUUGUUUUGCCUUUUAAAAUGUUGGAUUUUUACACAUUUACUUUGGCUUUGUCUGUACUUCCCUGAUGUUUACAUUAAAAAUCAAUUUCUCAAGGUGAAAAGCAUUCCAUUUUAGGACAUUUUGACUGAUUUGAGACCAGCGAAUUGAAGAACAUCCAUCCAAAAAUAAAAAGAUUUUUAUCAUUA